AUGACGUGUAUUCAUUUUUAUGUUCUGCCUUUGCUGGCUGCUCGGGCGGUUCUCGAUAUCGAUUACACGGUAUUAAUACACAGUAUUAGUGAAUACUCUCACUGUCUCGAUAGACUAAUUAUGAUGUGUAUAUUUGAUAUCCUGGAGCCGUAUGGGGCAACUUUUCCCUACAAACAAUGGGCUUGCCUCUUAUAUUGCAAGGAAGAGGUCCAUGUCGUGUUAACAUUGAGGGAUUCAUGCACAGAGCUCAAGAAGCAGAUCAUUUAG